CAGCGCAGUUCGGCGUAGCGUCGAACUACGCAACUCCGCCGCUGCUUACGUAAAGAGCGUAAAAUCCAGUCUCGUCGUAUUUGAACUCCUGUUUUUCGUCGUUGAUGCACGACACAGUGCCUUUCCCUCUGCGAGACAUGUUUUCUUCCCACUACAGCUCUGCUGCUGCUGUUUUGUCGCCCCUUCCUCUGAGCUGAACUCACCACUGCUGCUGCUGCUGCUGCUGCUGCUGCUUCUUCUUCGUCGGUGUGUCGGUGGUGUUUGUCCGGCCCACCGCCACUGGCAGCGAGCGGAGCCCCCUUUCUCCCGAAGACACGGCUCCUACCAUGACCUGCUCCUCCUGCGAACAUCCUGCCGAAUUUCGCUGAAUGGGAAAUUCGUGGCCGGUGCCAGGUUUCCACAGUGACUGUCCACCCGCUCCCACUGACACCAUCAUUAUUGCUCUAAAUGAGGACAGCCAUACUGAUCUAACACGGCUCCUCGCUACUGCGCGUCUCGGAUUUUUGGGCUGAAUCUUAAGACGCGUCAAAGGUCUGCACAUGGGGGCGGGCAAGAGCAAGCCCAAGGAGCCGGGCCAGCGCUCCAUGAGUCUGGACGGCACCAUCGGCACAGGCUCGGACAGCGGGCGUUUUCACCACCUGGGCCCCGCCCAGCAGACCCAAACCCCCAACAGGAGCCCCGCCGUGGGCACAGGCAGGCGGGGGCAUCAAGGGCAGCACCAUCACGCCCCGACCAACACUCCUGAGAUGGCUCUUUUCGGAGGUGUGGACCACACGGGCACGAUCACCUCGCCGCAUCGAGGACCUCUGUCAGGAGGUGUCACUACAUUUGUGGCACUGUAUGACUAUGAGUCACGGACAGCGUCUGAUCUGACCUUUAGGAAAGGCGACCGGCUGCAGAUAGUCAACAACACGAAAAAGUACAGCUUCAGAGAGGGGGACUGGUGGCUCGCUCGCUCCCUAACAACAGGCGAGAGUGGUUAUAUCCCCAGCAACUAUGUGGCUCCGUCUGACUCCAUCCAAGCAGAAGAGUGGUAUUUUGGGAAGAUCACACGGCGUGACUCAGAGAGGCUCCUUUUGAACCUCCAGAACAGACGAGGGACCUUCCUGGUGCGAGAGAGUGAGACCACUAAAGGGGCAUAUUGCCUGUCGGUGCUUGAUUAUGACAACACCAAAGGCUUGAAUGUUAAACAUUACAAGAUCAGGAAGCUGGACAGUGGUGGGUUCUACAUCACCUCCCGCACCCAGUUCACCAGCCUACAGCAGCUCGUCUUUCACUACCGCAAGCAUUCUGAUGGGCUAUGCCAUGCACUGUCAGAUGUGUGUCCUGUGGCCAAACCUCAGACACAGGGACUGGCCAGGGACGCAUGGGAGAUCCCCCGAGAGUCCCUCCGCCUCGACCUCAAACUGGGACAGGGAUGUUUUGGAGAAGUCUGGAUGGGUACAUGGAACGGUACGACACGGGUAGCCAUUAAAACCCUGAAGCCUGGCACCAUGUCUCCGGAGGCCUUUCUCCAAGAAGCACAGGUCAUGAAGAAGCUGAGGCAUGAGAAGCUGGUCCAGCUGUACGCGGUGGUGUCGGAGGAGCCCAUCUAUAUUGUCACCGAAUACAUGAGCCAAGGUAGUUUAUUGGACUUCCUCAAAGGGGACGCAGGAAAGAUGCUCCGUCUGCCUCAGCUGGUGGACAUGGCCGCUCAGAUUGCUGCGGGCAUGGCCUACGUGGAGAGGAUGAACUACGUCCACAGAGAUCUGCGUGCCGCCAACAUCCUGGUAGGAGACAACCUGGUGUGUAAAGUGGCAGACUUUGGUUUGGCAAGACUCAUCGAAGACAACGAGUACACUGCAAGACAGGGAGCCAAGUUCCCCAUCAAAUGGACGGCACCAGAGGCAGCUUUGUACGGCCGCUUCACCAUCAAGUCAGACGUCUGGUCCUUUGGUGUGCUGCUCACAGAGCUGGCAACUAAAGGCAGAGUCCCCUAUCCAGGAAUGGUGAACCGCGAGGUGCUGGACCAGGUGGAGCGCGGCUACAGGAUGCCUUGCCCGUCAGAGUGUCCCAGCUCUUUACACGAGCUCAUGCUGUCAUGCUGGAGGAAGGACCCAGAGGAGAGGCCUACCUUUGAGUACCUGCAGGGCUUCCUAGAGGACUACUUCACCUCCACAGAACCCCAGUAUCAGCCCGGGGAGAAUUUAUAGAACCACACACUGAACCCCCGACCCGAGGAAGAGAACCUCAACACAGAACGAUCUGCACUAACCGACCUCAGAGGAACGCCUGUGAUGUGAGAGGAUCUGAGCCUGUGAAACUCAUCUGGGAGGAAGUUGAGGUUCUUCUGUAGAAGCAAAAACCGAAAUAGGAACUGACAGAAAUCCCCCCCCUUGCGUGCUAUUGAGGAACUGCUGCAGAAGAACCUGGAGAACCUCCUCCCUGAAAGGAUUCACUGUUUACUUAAGGUUCUCCUGUAGCUGUAAGAGGAGAACUCAUGCUGGACAAACUUUGAUUUGAUCGAUUUGAAGUAAUGUGUUACCGACAGGUGCCACUGAUGUGGGAGGAACCGAAUCAGGAAGCUCAGAAGGCGCAAAGAAGGACAGAAGACUCCUGUCUAAGGGAGAACGUUAAGGGAGGAUAUUUCCCUCGAGCAUGAGCUGUUUAGAGACACCGCCCUCUUUCCCUCUUCUGUCACGUCUCUUUUUCACUCGCCUGUGUUUCUUUCUUUUUUUCCACCCACAGAAGAGCACUGCCACUGAGGCUCAGGUGCCAAAGCAGAGUCAGUCUCUCCCAUCUGCCUUUCUCCUCUGUCUAUUUCUGUUUGACUUUCAGUAUCUUUCUCAACAGUUUUCCCAAGUUGCUGCUUCUUGAAAUUGUCUCCAAAUAACUCAGCUCUGGAACACUACUUUGCAUCUUUAUUUAUGUUUACUUGGAUAUUAUGUGCUGUAUUCAACUGUUAAUAGCAGACAAAGGUUCCUGGGUUGUUUUUUUUCCCCAUUACUUUUUCAAUGACGGUAAUUCCAGGAUAGAUCUACUCUGCAGGCAGGUUCUGUAAUUCUGAGAAUGAGGUCAUUUAUAUGAUUUAUUUUGUUUAUUUAUCUUGUUUAUUCCCGCUGUUUUUUUUUUUUGUUUUUUUUUUAACGCUAAACAGCCAUGGUGCACUGCUGGAUCCAACCUUGAUGAUUAAAACUGAUUUUGGUACAGGUAGUGUUUGAACGCUUGUUGUUGAUUUAACUGGAAAGUAGCAAUGCAAUUAAUCAGCACUGCUGUGGUGGCAGUACAGAGCAGUUUAAGUAAUGACCAUCGCAUUUCCUCAGUGACAAAUUAGGUAUUAAACAUUUGUGUGACCUACUAAGAGGCUCGUAUGACUAUGGAACCAAUCAUGUUACUGUAUAAUAUCAAAACUUGGCUCGAGGUGGAAAAAUCUUAAGAGUAAAAGCCUGCUGUGCUCUGUGCCAAACCAAUCACACCCCAUACUGCUGUCUUGUGUAUAUACCGUUUUAUCAGCAAGUUCUUUUUGAGUUUGUUGGUUCUUUAACUGCAUAAUAUUUACUUCAAAUAAGACUUUGCAUCAUUUGCCCAGUAAUUGUCAGGAGACAGAACAGAUCAACCCUGUUGCCAUCCUCUAAGUGAGCUGUUAUGACCGUAAAAUAUGCAAACAGGCAGCCCAAAUGAAACUGUGUUUCUGACUUGCUCUAAGAGUUGAUUUUUAAAACCAGUUAGCAUGCUUUUGUGCUGUUCUUCUCUUUACCAUUGACUGGGUUGGUAUUUAUGCUGGUAUGGCUCAGGUUAGUGUGUGGGGAUCAGAAACAGACUUGUGUGCCAUCAAUCUAUGAUAAUCUUUUUUUUUUUUGCCAUCUUAUUUGCCACUGUCAGUACUCACUGUUGCACUGUACAUACUAUAGCUCUUUAGAGUCAAUUGUGGAUUAUGUACAACCCAUUAAAAAAAAGGAAAAAUGGCACAUUUCUGUUGAGUGUCACACAUUUUCACAGUGGUUUGGUUUAUGAGGUGAUCGAUGCAGCGACAGUAGAUUAAAACUAUAGAUUUUUACUAACAAAAUACUAUAAAAGCAUUUGUUAAACUAUGAAUCAGCAAUAAGAGAGAGGACAGCCCCAUGCCUCCACAGUGAUUAUCCCCCGAUGAUGAAUGAUUACAGCUCAUUUAAAUCGAUAAACGUGUGUAAGACUCUGACACCAGGAUGAAAAGGAGAAUUGAUAUGAUAUGAAAUAUGAAAAAUGAGGUCAAAGAUGUAAAUAGUAUCUAAACAAAUGACUGUGAUGAUCAUGUUAUUUGUUUUGUAUAGUUCUUCUUUCAUUGCACCUCCAUGCCGGGGUUUUUACAGUGAUGCACGCCUGCUCCCAAAAAAAGUUUUCAUAACAAGACGCUGUUUUAAAACCAGGCUUAAACGGAAUGGGUUUUAUUUUUUAUCAAAUAUCGGAGUUAGAAUGAAAUCGUAUUCUGCAAAGGACAAUUUUAAAUUUGGCUUGACACGUAUAUUUAUAAGAAAUCACGAUUCAGCUGUUCGUAAGUGCUUUCCUCUUUUUGAAUUGGGAAUUACCCGGGUUUUGUUCCGAUGCACUGAACCGCCUGUCCGUCACUGGGACAAUGUGGAAGUUCAUGGGCUCAUGACUCAAGUAUGAGUCGUCAAGCUCUGACUGUGCCAUAUUCAAGUGUCUAAUCCUUUUUGUUCUGUUUAAUUUUAUUACUAUUAUUAUUAUUACAUUUUCUUUUAGAAAUCUAUGCAGUUUGAGUAAGAUAAUCCUGCAGUUUUACAGCUAGUUGUUUUAAAGUCAAAACGAUGAUCAUAAACGGAAGGUGUGAGCAUUUUGUAAGGACUUAUUUUGUCUUCUUUUUUUCUGAUGAAACAGGAUUGAAAUGGGUAUUGUGCCACUUUAUGUUGAUCUUAUGUUGUGCAAUAAAUUAUAUUUCAAAUGUG